CUGAGUGGCGUUUCUUUUCUGUAUGGGUAAACAUCCUUCUAAUAAUGAGAUGACCCACCAAUAUUUUAAAGAAAAAACUAAAUUUGGUGUUAGUGUUUCCAGUCUGGAUUAUUUUUGGGCCAUAAACUUCAAGGUAACAUGCUGACUAGGAGCUUUAUUUGGAUGUGUACCCUAUUUCUAUUGUGGCCAUGGAGUGUGUGUGCUGAGAGCAGAGCCCAUCGUCAAACAAGAGGCAUAAUACCUGAGUUGUAUAAGCAAGGAAGCAGACCACAGAGACAAAGGAGAGAAAUACCUGAAGAAACACACAAGCAAGGCAGUCCAGUUUUUAAAAGAAGUCCAGAUAUCACAAAAUCGCCUUUAACGAAAUCCGAACAGCUUCUCCGAAUAGAUGACCAUGACUUCACCAUGAGACCUGGCUUUGGAGGUCCAGCAAUCCCUGUUGGUGUGGAUGUACAAGUAGAAAGUCUUGACAGUAUUUCUGAAGUUGAUAUGGACUUCACCAUGACUCUAUAUCUUAGACACUAUUGGAAAGAUGAGAGAUUAUCUUUUCCCAGUACCAACAACCAAACUAUGACCUUUGAUGGGAGAUUAGUGAAAAAGAUAUGGGUACCAGACAUGUUCUUUGUUCAUUCAAAAAGAUCUUUCAUUCAUGACACCACCACAGACAAUAUCAUGCUGCGGGUACAGCCUGAUGGGAAGGUGCUAUACAGUUUAAGAGUUACAGUCACAGCUAUGUGUAACAUGGACUUCAGCCGAUUUCCCCUGGACACACAAUCUUGCUCCUUGGAAAUUGAAAGUUAUGCCUACACAGAGGACGACCUCAUGCUCUACUGGAAGAAUGGCAAUGAAUCUUUAAAAACAGAUGAAAGAAUUUCUCUCUCACAGUUUCUAAUUCAAGAAUUUCAUACCACCUCAAGACUUGCUUUCUACAGUAGCACAGGGUGGUACAAUCGGCUGUAUAUUAAUUUCACACUGAGACGUCACAUCUUCUUCUUUCUGCUACAAACAUAUUUCCCUGCAACUCUUAUGGUCAUGCUGUCCUGGGUCUCAUUCUGGAUAGAUCGCAGAGCCGUACCUGCCAGAGUUCCUCUAGGAAUAACUACAGUGCUGACCAUGUCAACCAUCAUUACUGGAGUAAACGCCUCCAUGCCCCGAGUAUCAUACAUUAAAGCUGUUGAUAUAUACCUUUGGGUUAGUUUUGUGUUUGUUUUUCUAUCGGUGCUGGAAUAUGCUGCUGUCAAUUACCUGACUACAGUGCAAGAGAGAAAAGAGAGGAAGCUGAGAGAAAAGCUUCCUUGUACGUGUGGGGUUCCACAACCACGACCAACGAUGGACAGCAGCUACAGUGAUGGAGAGGUAAACAAUUUGGGUGGUUUUGUUUGCGAAAAUGGUGAAAAAGAUGACCGGAUUAUGGUACAGCUGGCACUCAGCACAGAGAGGAACUCGAACAGAAGGAAGAGCCAGCGUGCUUACGUCAGCAUGCGUAUUGACACCCACGCUAUUGACAAAUAUUCAAGAAUAAUAUUCCCUGCAGCAUAUAUUCUAUUUAAUGUCAUCUACUGGUCAAUUUUCUCCUAGAGACACCUGACUUGCCAACAGACUUCAAUCCCGGGAUCUGGCCGAACUGUAUUAUACAAAUCACUGAGGUU